UUUUCUUUUAAGUAAGCGGUUUCAGCACGCCUUUUAUGGUGGGGAAAGUGCUAUUUAUAAAUAUAAAUACAUAUAAGUAACAUCAUUAUGAUAUACAAUUAAAUGUAUAGGGUUCCUAUAAUGUCAUUUAAGCAGCAUGUUUGUUUUCUUACAUUCGUCUGAAUGGUCUAUUUGAAAAUUCCAAACACAGCUACUUGGAAAUCGAAACCGAAAGUUUAUUUUUUUCAUUUCUCAGUACUAAGUCUAAGUGCAAGAGCUGCACAGACAUUUUGUUACAAAGCCCCGGUGAUGUUGAUAUAUGAUACUCUGUCUUCACUGACUCCUUGCUAUUUUUUACAGUUGGUGACAGCUUCCGAUCUCUUGAGCUAUUCAAGGCAGUGUUUUAUUCAGUGUGAACCUUCUACACCUCUAACAUGACCAGUGCAACUCUAGCAAACAGGGCCUUUACCAAUAUUUGUCUCGGUCUUGGCCAGCAAGUGGAUGAAGAAGAUUUUUGUGACCUCAUUGUGGUGGUUGGGCAGAAAGAGUUUCCUUGCCACAGAGCGGUGCUGGCUUCUGUGUCCUCAUUCUUCAAGACCUCACUAAAGCCGUGUUGGAAAGAAUCUUCUAGCGGACGAGUUGACAUCACCCAUGAAGAUGUUUCUUCGGAGUCAUUCGGAUUUUUGAUGGAUAUCAUUUACAAGGGACAGAAUGUGGUUAGAAAUGAAACCGCAAAGGAUAUUCUCAGAAUGUCUGUUUAUCUGCAGAUUAGAUUUUUGGAAGUAUACUGUAUAGAAUUCAUUAAAGAAAAGCUUGAACCGGAGAAAUGCUUGGGAAUGUGGAUGUUUGCACAGAAGUACGAUUUAGAGACGCUUGAGAAGGAAUCGUUCAAGAUGGCUGUUGAUCAAAUAUCCGUAGUCACGAAGAGGGACGAGGUACUGACUCUACCCUUACCCAAGCUUCUCGUUCUCUUGUCGGAGCAACAGAAGCUCAGUAUGGACGACAUCUGUAGGACCAUCCUACGUUGGGUGGAGGCGGAUCAGGAUACAAGACAGAUUUACUUGUCAGAGCUACUCACGUUUGUCUGCUUCCCUCUUCUAAGCUCAGUUUAUUUGUGCGAGCUUUUCACUUAUCACAGCCAUCCAUUCAAAGAAAUACUUUUUGGUAAGUAAAUAAGUAGGGCA